UCCAAGCGUGGUGGGUGGAGAGGAAUUUUUUGUUUAUUUUCGUGGCCAGUUAACCAGUAAACGUGCUGUUAUAUUAUUAUCUGCUGGUUUUAUAGUUCAGCAUAAUAAGGCAAACAGAUAAGCGGCUGCGCGUUUACCUAGUAGGAUAUUUUACCAUUUCGUGAGGUAGCGGAUUUGGGCCAUCACAGAGGAAGGUUAGCUAGCGAGCUAGCGUCAAGUCGAUGAGGGUCUUGUAGUGUUAGUUAGCUGUUAGCGUAUGUGCUAGCAGGCUAGCCACAAUAUUAUUAAUGCAAGAUAGAUAGCACAACAAAAUUUAGCAAGCUAAAGCCACUCGCUUAUCGGCCUGCACCACUGGGAGUAACGCCACGGCGCGGAGAAAUCACCGUUGCUAAGCUUGGGCCUUUUCGGAUCAACAAUACUUUCACCCUGACGUUUCUACUGGUAAAGACAUACAGGAUACAACUUGAAAGUCUCCCCAAGGUUGAAACCUAAGCAGCAAGAUGUCAAUCACGAACACUCCCACAAGCAACGAUGCCUGUCUGAGCAUCGUGCACAGCCUGAUGUGCCACCGACAGGGAGGGGAGAGCGAAAGCUUUGCCAAGCGAGCAAUUGAGAGUCUUGUCAAAAAGCUGAAAGAGAAGAAGGAUGAGCUGGAUUCCCUUAUCACAGCCAUCACUACAAAUGGAGCUCAUCCUAGCAAGUGUGUAACCAUACAGAGAACUUUGGAUGGGCGCCUACAGGUUGCAGGGCGCAAAGGUUUUCCCCAUGUUGUCUAUGCGCGACUGUGGCGAUGGCCUGAUCUGCACAAGAAUGAAUUAAAACACGUGAAAUAUUGCCAGUAUGCCUUUGACUUGAAAUGUGACAAUGUUUGUGUCAACCCAUACCACUAUGAGAGGGUCGUCUCUCCAGGCAUUGACUUAUCAGGGCUGACUCUUUCAAGUUCAGGUCCCCUCAUGGUAAAGGAUGAGUAUGACUAUGACAACCAGCAAUCUCACUCAAGCUCUGAAAGCCACCUGCAGACUAUUCAGCAUCCCCCGUCAAGACCUGGUCCACAGGAGACUUUCAGCAGCCCCGCUUUGCUCCCCCCAUCAGAGAGCAGCAGUUCAGCUUCAACCUCGGCUUUCUCCACCAUCAGCGCUGGACCCUCAAAUCCUCCCCCCACUUGGAGCAGAAAUGGCAGCUUCACCCCUGCAGUGCCUCAACAUCAGAACGGGCAUCUACAGCAUCAUCCACCCAUGCCUCACACAGGGCAUUACUGGCCUGUUACCAAUGAAAUUGCGUUCCAGCCGCCAAUAUCCAAUCACCCUGCUCCAGAUUACUGGUGCUCCAUUGCAUACUUUGAGAUGGAUGUCCAAGUUGGAGAGACAUUUAAGGUGCCAUCCACAUGCCCAAUAGUGACGGUGGAUGGCUAUGUUGAUCCAUCAGGAGGGGACCGCUUUUGCUUGGGCCAGCUGAGUAACGUCCACAGGACAGAGAACAUAGAGAGAGCCAGGCUCCACAUUGGCAAAGGCGUGCAGCUGGAGUGCAAAGGUGAGGGAGACGUGUGGGUGCGCUGUUUGAGUGAUCACGCAGUGUUUGUACAGAGCUAUUACUUGGAUCGGGAGGCUGGACGCGCCCCUGGAGAUGCAGUUCACAAGAUCUAUCCCAGCGCUUACAUCAAGGUGUUUGACUUGCGUCAGUGCCACAGGCAGAUGCAGCAGCAGGCAGCAACAGCUCAGGCAGCAGCUGCAGCCCAGGCAGCAGCAGUGGCUGGGAACAUUCCCGGGCCUGGCUCUGUGGGAGGCAUCGCCCCUGCCAUCAGUCUGUCUGCCGCUGCAGGCAUCGGGGUUGACGACCUGCGCAGGCUGUGCAUCCUGCGGAUGAGCUUCGUGAAGGGCUGGGGGCCCGACUACCCACGGCAAAGCAUCAAAGAGACACCCUGCUGGAUUGAAAUCCAUUUACACCGAGCUCUGCAGCUACUGGAUGAAGUUCUGCACACCAUGCCCAUAGCUGACCCUCAACCCCUCGACUGAGUUAAAAGACAUGAACUGUACAAAAAAAAGAAAACAAUCAGACUGUACUUUUAAACAGACCACUCCACCUAUAGGCCCGGAGAACCGAAAGAGGACUGCAACCACAGGGAUGCUGAGUAGGUUGUAGGAGUAAGAACAAGGGCAUAGAGGCCGGCAGUAUACUCCAAACACGCUGCUUUUAAAUCCAGCGCUGCGAGCGGUUGCCAGUAUACAGAGUGAGACUCCAGAUCUGUAAGUUCAGUGGCUUACAAACAGCAGCUGGAGGAACCUGUGAAACACGCUGGGAGGAAUCGUACGCCAAGAGGAUGAAAAAGGAAGCCGGUAUUCUGGCAUUGUUUACCAACUGAAAACUUCGUAACAGCAUAAAGCGAACAAGGCUUUGUGUCUUUCAAAUCUCAUGUCGAUACAUAAAUACUCACACAGUGAUGUGGAUUAAAGAGCAUGCCAACAGCAAGAUUAACACGCUCAGAAUUCUAUCAAUUAUUCAAUAAGUGCUGGUGUUAUACAGAAGGAACCACAAGAGUGCAGGGUGUCAAACAAAAUGAUUCAUACUCAGCUGUCGACUUUCUGACUGGUAACAUUUCCACUUUAAGAUUUUAAAAUAUACAGAGCCCCUGCAACUGACUGACUAAGCUCCUUUUUUUUGGACUAUUUACUGUGAGAACAAACUAUUUGACUUUAAACCAGCAAAGCUGAGCACAAUGUGACGCCUUUUACUGGAUUAAAAGCUGCUAUUUACCCCAUCUGAACUUACAGUGUGUCAUUUCAGUUGGAGUAUACUGCCGAUCCAGUCCUCCUUCAUCGGCUCUCCGGUGUUUAUAUGGCUUCAUUUAAGUGGAGUUUCUCACC